AUUCAGUGGUUCUGGCGGGCUGUGAGAUCGUUUGACAAGGAGGAGCGCGCAAAGUUGCUGCAGUUCGUUACCGGCACGUCUAAAGUACCCCUCAACGGCUUUAAGGAGCUCGAGGGUAUGAAUGGCUUCUCCAAGUUCAAUAUUCACCGCGACUAUGGAAACAAGGACCGCCUGCCGAGCUCGCAUACGUGCUUCAACCAACUCGACUUGCCAGAAUACGAGAGCUAUGAGACGUUGAGACAGCAGUUGUUGACGGCUAUCACCAAGGCGCGGAGUAUAUACUUUGGUUUCGCGUGA